CAACCUCGUGAUUGACGUGCCUUUCGUCCUUUCGAUUCGCUCCUCGCGUGUGACGUCAUCGCUCGUGUCGUUUUUCCGGUUUUCGCCACCUUUCCGCUUCCUUUCUGCCUGCACGAGCCCGCCUGUGAGCACGCGAGUCUCUCUCUCUCCGUAAAGAUGCGUUACGUAGCUGCUUACCUGCUCGCUGCCCUCGGAGGCAAAGGGAGUCCCAGCACAGGUGACAUCAAGAAGAUCCUGGACAGUGUUGGCAUUGAAGCUGACGACACCCGUAUGGACAAGGUUGUGUCCGAGCUCAAUGGCAAAAAUAUUGAGGAGGUGAUUGCCCAAGGUUUCAGUAAGCUGGCCAGCGUGCCGUCCGGUGGUGCUGUGGCUGUUUCCGCCUCUGCCGCCCCAUCCGCUGGAGGAUCUGCCGCCGCCCCUGCUGCGGAGGAGAAGAAAGAAGAGAAGAAAGAGGAGUCUGAAGAAUCCGAUGACGACAUGGGAUUCGGACUCUUUGACUAAUCUGUCUCCUCGGGACCAAAAUAAAGUUUAUUACAAAAUGA